AUCACGAAUUGGACAGACAUUUCCAAAAACAAUUCGCCCAGUAAAGACGCGCUCUUCUUUGGCACCCACCAUCACUUACGAUCAACAAACACAGAACUGGGCAAACAUUGUUUAAACUAUUUGCGUUAAACUACGGUUUUUAAUACCAACCAUAGCUAGAAAAUAAUAUAGUGGAAAUCAAUUUAGUCUAAAAGUAGAGAAAAACAAAUUCAUCAUCAUGCAGUCUGCCCAUAGUAAAAAAAGAGUGUGCUAUUAUUAUGACAGUGAUAUUGGCAACUAUUACUAUGGCCAGGGACAUCCCAUGAAACCUCAUCGUAUACGUAUGACCCAUAAUCUGUUGCUCAACUAUGGGCUCUAUAGAAAAAUGGAAAUUUAUCGUCCCCACAAAGCCACUGCCGAUGAAAUGACCAAAUUCCAUUCAGAUGAAUAUGUUCGCUUCCUACGAUCGAUAAGACCCGACAAUAUGACUGAAUACAACAAACAAAUGCAACGGUUUAACGUUGGCGAGGAUUGUCCUGUCUUUGAUGGUCUCUAUGAGUUCUGUCAGCUUUCUGCGGGUGGUUCUGUUGCUGCUGCCGUUAAACUGAAUAAACAAGCCUCCGAAAUUUGCAUUAAUUGGGGUGGUGGUCUGCAUCAUGCCAAAAAAUCUGAAGCAUCUGGAUUUUGUUAUGUUAACGAUAUUGUUUUGGGCAUUUUGGAAUUGUUGAAAUAUCACCAGCGUGUUCUUUACAUAGAUAUCGAUGUCCAUCAUGGUGAUGGUGUGGAAGAAGCUUUCUAUACAACAGAUCGUGUGAUGACGGUUAGUUUUCACAAAUAUGGUGAAUAUUUCCCUGGCACUGGGGAUUUGCGUGAUAUUGGUGCUGGUAAGGGUAAAUAUUAUGCUGUUAACAUACCGCUGCGUGAUGGCAUGGAUGAUGAGGCAUACGAAUCGAUAUUUGAACCAAUCAUCUCCAAAGUUAUGGAAACUUUCCAACCCGCCGCCGUGGUCUUGCAGUGUGGUGCUGAUUCGCUGACUGGCGAUCGUUUGGGUUGCUUUAAUUUAACGGUCAAGGGACACGGUCGUUGUGUGGAAUUUGUAAAGAAAUAUAAUCUGCCGUUCUUAAUGGUUGGUGGUGGUGGCUAUACCAUUCGUAAUGUAUCACGUUGUUGGACAUAUGAAACAUCGGUGGCCCUGGGUGUGGAAAUAGCAAAUGAAUUGCCAUACAAUGAUUACUUUGAAUAUUUCGGUCCCGAUUUUAAACUUCACAUCAGUCCCAGCAAUAUGACAAAUCAAAAUACAACAGAAUAUUUGGAAAAGAUCAGAAAUCGGCUCUUUGAAAACUUGCGUAUGUUACCACAUGCACCCGGCGUGCAAAUUCAGGCGAUACCCGAAGAUGCAAUCAACGAUGAAUCAGAAGAUGAAGAUAAAGUUGACAAAGACGAAAGAUUAACUCAGGCCGAUAAAGAUAAACGUAUUGUGCCGGACAAUGAAUUCUCCGAUUCAGAAGAUGAGGGUGAAGGCGGCCGUAGAGAUAAUCGUUCCUACAAGGGUCAAAGAAAACGACCACGGCUCGAUAAAGAAGGUGGCAAGGCAACAGAGAAUUCCGAAGCCAAAGAUGACAAAGAGAAAAUGGACACAACAGAAACCGAAGAACCUGCUAAAAGUGAGGAUGGCAAAAAAGAGAACAACAUAUGACGUGGUGGCCGUAAUUGGUUAUAGAAACCAAUCAAACGUUCAUCGAAGUUUAAGCCUAAUUUAACGUAGCGUUUAUUUAAUUUUUAAUUUUUCUAGCUGUGUACUGCUAAUCCACUUUUUUACUAUCUUCACUCAUGUAUCCUCCUUCUCAUCCAUUUGAGGGCGUGUUAUUUUUCAUUUUCAAUUAAAAAAAAAACGUUUGGAUAAACGAAUAUUUUUCAUCUCUUUUGAGUUGGUGAAUUUUUAAUAGAAAAUUCUCUUUUAUUUGGCAAUCGGACUCUUAUAGAGACGCAAAGGCCGUAAACAAAACACGUCUACCAAUGAAAAUUAAACGUUAUAUUUUGUACUUUAGAAGUAAAUUCUACAAAUAUACUAUAUGUAUUUUAAGUUAAGAUGUGUAACAUAUUUAGAAAGAAAAUCUUCAUUUCUAACUGCAAAAAGUGAAAUGGAAGAAAAAUAAGAAACAACAACUUAAAUAAUUAUACAAAAAUAUUUUUCUUCUUAAUAUCAUAGAAAAUACAAAAAACAUACGACACAAUUGUUCCAUAUGCAACCAAAUACCCGAGUCUUCUGAAGGGAAAAUUUACAUACCCUCCCCUCCCCAACCUAUAUACUAAAUACUUUCACACACACCAACAUACAUACAUACUAAUGCAUACAAUAUUUACUUGUUUUUCAACUCAAUAUACUGAUAGAGUUUAUUAUUUAUAUAACAUACAUCUUUUUACAUCGUAAAACAUAAAUGAAAUGAAAAUAUUGCAUAUAGGUAUGUAUGUAUGAACUUAAGACAACAACAAAAUAGUAAUAUACAUAUACACCAAUAAAUUCAACAAGAAAAUACUUUAAAUAUGGACUAAAAA